AUGGCUGUUACCGUACAUCUCAGAGCUGAAACUAAGCCUUUGGAGGCCAGAGCUGCCUUGACCCCAACCACAACCAAGCAAUUGUUGGAUGCUGGUUUCAAUGUCUUCGUUGAAGACAGCCCUCAGUCUAUCUUUGAGGCUAAGGAAUACGCCGAUGUGGGUGCUACUAUUGUGCCUGCUGGUUCAUGGAAGGAAGCUCCAAAGGACCGUCUUAUACUUGGAUUGAAGGAGUUGCCUGAAGAUGAAACCUUCCCAUUGGUCCACGAACACAUUCAGUUCGCUCACUGUUACAAGGACCAGGGCGGAUGGCAGGACGUCUUGAAGCGUUUCCCUGCUGGUAAGGGAACGUUGUACGACUUGGAGUUCUUGGAGAAUGAUGAGGGCAGAAGAGUGGCUGCUUUUGGUUUCUACGCCGGUUUCGCUGGUGCUGCCAUUGGCGUCUUGGACUGGGCUUUCAAGCAGACCCACUCUGACUCUGAAGAUUUGCCAGCUGUUACUCCAUACCCUAACGAGGAUGCUUUGGUUAAGCAUGUCAAGGCUGAAUUGGAUGCUGCUGUGCAAAAGACUGGUGGUAAGCUUCCGAGCUGCUUGGUUAUUGGAGCUCUCGGUAGAUGUGGUUCUGGUGCUCUUGAUCUUUUUAGAAAGGUUGGUAUUCCAGAAGACAGCUUGCAGAAGUGGGAUAUGGCUGAGACUGCCAAGGGCGGUCCAUUCCAGGAAAUUGCUGACUCUGACAUCUUUGUCAACUGUAUCUACUUGUCUAAGCCAAUUGCUCCAUUCAUCAACUUUGACUUGUUGAACAAGGCCGACAGAAAGUUGAGAUCCAUUGUCGACGUCUCUGCUGACACCACGAAUCCUCACAACCCAAUCCCUGUCUACACGAUUGCUACUGUCUUCAAUGACCCAACUGUCCUCGUUGAGACCUCUGCUGGCCCAAAGUUGUCUGUGUGCUCCAUUGACCACUUGCCAAGUUUGUUGCCUAGAGAGGCUUCCGAACAGUUUUCCAAGGACUUGAUGCCUUCUUUGUUGCAAUUGCCACAGAGAGACUCUGCUCCAGUGUGGACCAGAGCCAAGGCUUUGUUUGACCACCACGUUAGCAGAUUGACUAACUAG